AUCUGAAUAUCUUUGCAUUUGGUUAGUAAUGGGGGUGUAACAGCAGCCCCCUUCAUGUGCUCUGCUGGCAGAGGAGCCAGACCAGUUUCUGGUGUUGGGAUGUGUGCCCCUGCUCUGACCUCUACUUUCCGCCCACUUUGGCCAUCUAUAAGCAGAGGUCCACACAGGUAAAAGGUCUGCUUCUUCUGGCAAUGUCUUUGCACACAUCACCCGGGUCCAGAUUAUCUGGAACAGGCCAGGCCAGUCUUAUAAAUUACAGUAGAUGUCACUUCCUUGAGGAAACGCCUUGUUGGAUUAUUAACCAUUUAUUGCCCAGAGCAAGGUAAAGGGCAGGCGGAUCCACUUGAAAGGCUGAGGUUUCCAUAGUAAAGUCAGCAGGGAUGGGUGUUCCAACCUUCCCAUUGUGGACGAUGUGAUGAGACUUGGACGACGAUAUGGCGGAUGAAGCAUGCCGGACACGGAGUCGAAAGAGAGUGCUGGAGAGAGAGGUGACACAGAAUGACACUGACAACAAGAAGUUAAAACUGGAGAAGGGGCUGUUGGAUGGGGAUCUCAUGAUGAAGGCAGAAUCUGGAUCUGACAGUAUGCCGGGACUUAUCAAAAGUGGGGAGGUGAAGGCCACUAUUAAAGUGGAGGUAUCAACGGGAGAAGAACCAAUGGAUAUGAGCACCUCAAAGAGCGAAAUGAAGAGAGAGAAGAGGUCUCCCUCUCCAGACGUGAUAGUUUUGUCUGAUAAUGAACCAUCAAGUCCACGGAUGAAUGGCUUAAAGCCAGCAAAGGAGCCCGAUUCUGAAACGUUUUUGCUAAUACAGAGAAGCAGCCCUGAAGAAAGAGAGCGAUUGAUCAAGCAACUAAAAGAAGAAUUACGGCUAGAAGAAGCUAAACUGGUGCUACUCAAAAAACUCCGCCAGAGUCAGAUCCAGAAAGAGACUGCGCCACAAAAGGUACCAUCCCGUAUUGGUGGCACUGUUAUCCCUCCUCCCUUAGUACGGGGUGGCCAACAGGCACCAUCCAAGCAAUCUACACAGAUAGUUAUGCCACCACUUGUGAGAGGAGCGCAGCCCAUUUCGGUGUCUCCUCAGCAGAUGCACAAUAUCAGACAACAUCCAAGUUCAGGCCCGCCUCCAUUACUACUUGCUCCUCGAGCAUCAGUGCCCAGUGUUCAGAUGCAAGGUCAGAGGAUCAUUCAACAGGGUCUGAUUCGGGUGGCAAAUGUGGCAAACACAAGCUUGUUGGUCAACAUUCCGCAGGCGUCCCCAACUUCUUUGAAAAGCUCAGCUGGAACAACCGGAAAUACCACCAGCAUCUCAAUCGGUAAUGCUAAUGACUCUCCUGCCAGCCGGCAAGCAGCUGCCAAGCUUGCCCUACGUAAGCAAUUGGAAAAAACCUUGCUGGAGAUUCCACCACCCAAACCACCUGCUCCAGAACUUAACUUCCUUCCAAGUGCCGCCAAUAAUGAGUUCAUCUAUCUAGUAGGACUGGAGGAGGUAGUGCAGAACCUGCUGGAGACUCAAGGUAAAACUGUGCCACAACCUGCAUCUCAUGAGCCUUAUAGUUGUGCCCAGUGCAAGACUGACUUCACCAGCCGCUGGAGGCAGGAAAAGAAUGGGACCAUCAUGUGUGAUGUUUGUAUGACUUCUAACCAAAAGAAGGCCCUGAAAGCUGAGCACACUAACCGACUGAAGGCUGCCUUUGUCAAAGCUCUGCAGCAAGAGCAGGAGAUUGAGCAACGAAUACUGCAGCAGAGCUCUUCCCCUGCACAGAUUAAGUCAGAACAUUCUGUUCAACAUCACUCUCUAAAACAGAGCCCCACACCAAUAUCCCGUGGAUUAUCAGGGACCACCCGGGGUGUGCUGCAUACGUUCCCACCUACGACCAAGCUGCCUAAUGCAGCCACAAUUGCCAACCGAUCGGUAAAACCCGGAGAGCGUCCUGUGAACAAAACUAAUAUGGUAUCUGGAAACUGGAAGAAAUCUCCAAUUAAUGCAGGUUUGUACAUCGGACAGACUUCUAGUCAGAGAGUCAUAGCGACACAACAAUCAAAGAAACAAUCAGUGGAGAUGCACAGGGGAGGGACUUUAGCAUUUGUGAACCCUGGCCUCACUGUGCAUAAGUCAGCAGCUGUGGACCGCCAACGGGAAUACCUCCUAGAUAUGAUUCCUUCUCGCUCAAUCACCCAGUCCUCUACGUGGAAAUAAUGAAUGCAUCCUUCAGCAAUGACAGAUAUAAAGACAAAAAAAAAAUGAACGCAAACUUUGAGAACAUGAGAAAGCAAGAAAGGACUCUUUCCGGAUAGCCCUUUCCCUAACAGAAGAGGGAAGGAUGAUCCUUUCUCAUCACUUUUCCUUCUUUGCCAUUUUCUACUACACAUGGAAAGCUCUGUAGUACCCUGCAGAUGAGGUGUCUGUUGUGCUUUCUUCCAGAAAGAGGAGUGCACAAGAAAAAGGAAGCCACUUCAUUCCCCCACCUCCCCGUCAAAUUUUCAUCAAAACUGGCAUGAUGUCUUAUACUACAGUUCGCCAUCCUCCAGAUGCAUACUUUUCUGCAUUCAGGUCUAAUUUUCCUUAAAUAAACUAUAAUUCCCUCUACUAAGGCAUCAGAGUUUUUUCCAAGGUGUGUUUUGAAGAUGUAACUGGAUUUUUUUUUUUUAUAAUUAUUCUAGGUAUUGAUAUUUCUCAUGGCUGCAUUUAUCAGGUCCACUUCUGAUUCUGGGGCAGAACAGAUCCAGUCAGAACAAAAGCAUUUUGUUAAUAUAGUUAUAUUUAAAUAAAUCUAUGAAAAAUAUUAUGUUUAUGCCCCACACGGUUUCUCGCUGUGGGUAGUCCAGCCACAUGGAAAUUAUCGGAAGGAUGUUUCCACCCUAAUCCAAUUUCUUCUUCAACCCAGUUUGUAUGCUUUUCACUGGACGCAAGUUUGUGAAGGGUUAGAGGAUUGAAAAAAAUAAAAAAUCUGAGGUUGGUUUGUACCUCAUGUUUAGGUAAAUGCUGCAUUGUUCAAGACUUUUUCUUCUGUUUUUGGGCUGUAUCAGUGGCUUCCCUCUACUGGCUUUACAAAAAAAAAAAAAAAACGCAUUGCAACAAUAAAGAAAAGCCAAGUUGGGACAGUCUUCUAUAUUCCGUCUAUCCAUCGUUUCCUCGCACUCAACAAGUGUCCCCUCGAUGUAUCCUGCUUCUGUUUCAGGAAAGUGGAAGCGAUUUGUUUGGCGGAGGAGAAAGGAUUAAAAAAAAAAAAAAAAAACCUAACCUGCUGGUUAAAUCUUCACUUUCCCCACUAAAAUAAUGAUCUUUUAACCCUCUUUCUGUUGUGUGAAUAUCAAUGUUUAGAUACUUUUUGAUAUAUGCAGUUGCUUAGGGGUUAGGUUAUAUAUAUAUUUUUGUUUUGUUGGAGGGAAGGGAGACUUUGUAUAAAAGUAAAAAAAUAGAAUCUAAACUUGAGGCGUGUGUGUGUAUGAUAAAGUAGCCGAAUGACUAUGAAUAUUAUAUAUAUAUAUAUAUCUAUUUUAUAUUUUUUUUUUUCCCAUUCCAAAAUAUAUAUGGCAGUUUUCAGGGGAAGGUUUACUUUUAUCCAAAUUUUUUAUUUUAUUUUUUUCUCCCCCCUGUGCUGGAGAGCAGACAUGGUUAUGGUUUUAACAAAACUUUUUUUUUAUUAUUUUUUUUUUCUCCUCCCCAGCCUUUAGCAAUAAGCACUCUUUUAUUUAAAUAUUAUUUGGCAUCCUUUGACAUGGCCUAAAAUAUAUUUGGGUAUUUUUAGUGGGUAACCUUGCCCUGAGAAAAGCACCUCUGUAGCAUUUUUUUUUUUUUUUAUAUAAAUAAAAAUCCCAUGAUUGUAUUCAUCACAAGUAUAUAUUUAUUCAAUUAUCUGUACAUAUUUUUAUUUUUUUUCCCCAGAUCCCCCCCCCCCCCCCCCUCCCACAGGAGAUCUCCCAAUAGAAGUAAAAUUUUAGUUUUUCAUCUCUGUCCUGAAAUAAGGGUGGCAAUGGUUAGGAAACAAUUAUUUAAAUGUUCAUGGCUGCUCUCGCCACUUCCCAGAGGUUAUUUUGUCCUUUGUUUAAACACUGUACACCUGAUUUUAGGUGGUACAAGCUUUUUUUUUUUCUGACUGUGGGAAAUUCAGCGUGCGUGUGUGUGUCUGCCAGAAUGUGUGGAUAUAGGGGUUGCCCCAUCACUGAUAGAACUAGCCGUUUCUAUUUAAUCACACUGGCCAGAACCGCAUUUCUGAAUAAUAUUAAUAAAUAACUAAGCCAA